GUUCAUGCCGCGCCCGCUGGUCACAUACAUUGCACGUUCCGAAAGUAUUGUAGGCUACUGUGUGUGUGUGCCACUCACGGGACAUACGUAAUACGGUUUUGAUACAGUUUCAUGUUGGUAUUUUUUUAGAUUUAUCGAUUUAAAGCACUUGUGGACUACAGUAUGACACCAUGUGCCGAUUUCAUAUUGGGUUGAACAAAUCAACCAACACUUACCGUUAGUGUUCAUUUAUUAACACUAAGCGCUGCUCUGGAAUUUUACAAACUUUAAAGUUUUGGGCCUAGUGUAGUAGUUGUAGGCUAGGCCUGUCUUUACCUGUUCAGAAGCUCGUAUUGUUAUUGUGAGUACAACAGCAUAGGCCUGGGAUUCGCUUAGAACUAACUUCUACUGGUGGGUCAAGGCUUAGCUUGUGGAGUGUGUAGUGAUAAACACUAUCAAACUAAACGUCUAUAAAAACUAUGAAGGAAUACAAAGUUGUGGUCCUUGGGGCCGGUGGAGUUGGUAAGAGUGCGAUAACUGUGCAAUUCGUCUCUGGAAAUUUUGUUGAGAAAUAUGAUCCAACGAUUGAGGAUUUUUACCGCAAAGCAAUCGAGGUUGAAAAUAUGAUGGCCAUUUUGGAAAUUUUGGAUACAGCAGGAACUGAACAGUUUGCGUCGAUGAGGGAUUUAUACAUUCGUAAUGGACAAGGUUUCCUGAUAGUUUUUAGUAUUACAAGUAAACAAAGUUUUGGUGAUGUUGUAAAUAUAAGGGAACAAAUUUUGCGAGUCAAGGGUAAAGACACAGUACCGAUUGUACUCGUUGCCAACAAGGCAGACUUAGAUAAAGAAAGGCAAGUUCCCACAAGUGAAGGGAUGAUUUUGGCGAAUCGAUGGGGCGUUCCAUUUUAUGAGACAUCAGCUAAAACUCGCCAAAAUGUGAAUGAGAUUUUUGCGGACUGUGUUGUUGAAAUAAUGCAUCUACUCCAACCCCAGAAGACCGCAGCGGGAUGUUGUGGAAGCGGAUGUACUCUUCUAUGAGAUUAGCACAUUUGAUAGGAUGAACUGACUUCAAAGAAAGGUAUGAAUGAAUGCAUUAGUUGGUUUAUUUUAUGUACAUUUCAUUUCCCAUUUUUUUUUAGUAGCGAGAUGGUCAACCUUUGAAUUCAUAGCGUUGCAAUGGUGUUA